AUGAGGAUUGCUCAAAAAUUGAUAAUUCAUAGAAUUUAUGAAGGUAGAAAGCAAAUAUUUGAGAAAUCAUGGAAAUUUCGAUUAAUAAUAAAGGAAGAAAUGCACAAUUUUUUAGUUGUGCUAAGGUGUUGCAAUUCCAGACAUGAUUGAUCAAAGAGUAAGCUUAAAAUUAUUGUAAUUUCUUCAUCUUUAAUUAUUUAUUUAACUUUCAUUUGUUCCUACAUUUUCUUUUGAAAUCUUAAGAUUUAUAUAAAGGCAGAGCAAGUGUUGUAUAUUACUCUGAGCAGUCAUAAAGUUAUCACUAAAAUAUCCUGCUGAGCUCAAACUGAGCAUUUCAUUGGACUAAGACCUUUGAGUGAUUAUUGAGGAUUAUUGUCACACCAGAUUUUAUCAUAUGGAAUUGAAUUUGAGAAAGAAACUGCCUUAUUAGCUCAGCUACUCUACAACUGUCACAUGCAAUGGCUAUAUAUGGAUUUCCUUCCAAAAUUGCAACUGGAUUUAAUCUAA